AUGAUGAGACGGCAGGGGCAGUAUGGUGAUUCAGGUGUGAACACAUAUGCUGCUGCUGCUCCGAUGCAUCAUAUGUCUGGCCAGAGGAUGGAGCACAAAUCAAGUCAUUUUGAAGGACGAUUGGAAGCCUUCACUCCAGAGAGGGACAAUCCAUAUGCAUCUUCAAAAUCAGAGGGCCAAUGGAGAUGGGAAAGAGAUGGAUCAAAAGGGUCAAAUCCAAUGGUAUCUCAUAUGUACAAUGAAGGCAAGUGUUGCUGUCAACUCUCGCUCAUAUACGUAUAUGCUGAGUCUGGGGAUAGGUCCGGCGGCAUAUGCUUAACCUUGAGGAGGGCUGGUCCUGACAGAGUGGAUAUACAUGACACUGUUAUUCUCGAAUCGAAGGGGAGACAGAGAUGGAGAUGCCGGAGACGAAUGUCAGGCCACAACGAUAAGCUAAGUAUACCUUUGUAUCCUCUCAAAUGUUACUCCAUUCUCUUCUUAGGUUUUGCUCUUCCCUGUAGCUCGCCACCCAUUCAACGGGCUCCUUUUGCUUCUCCAAUCUUGCCCAGAGCAAUUUGUUCUCACGUGACGCUCCUAGGAUCUGCUGUGUUUUCUUUAGCCAAAUCUUCAACCAAGCAUGAUCUGAAGUGCUCACCUGAGCGGGCCAUUGGAAUCCAACGGCGGUGUUGGAUUAGUCGCUCAGGUCAAGGGGGUGAUACAUCAAGAUCCUAUUUCCAGGGUCAAAGGCCUGAUCCAAAACUUGCUAUGGAGAAACAAAACAAUAAUGACUCCCGAUCUCAAUCUCAUAAUGAAGAUAUGGACCUUGGGUAUGAGGACAAGCCUUCCUCGCAGACUUUUGAGGAACUUGAGCAGAAAUUCCUUGACGACAUUAGGAAACUAACCAAGGAACAGAAUGAUGCUGAGGAUGCAGAAAAUGCUAGACACAAAGAGAAAAUUGGUGCGAUAAAUGCUCAGUAUGAAGAACAACUAGUAGCACUUCGGGCGCGGCAAGCAAGUCGUAGAGACGAAUUGCUUCGUAGGGAAUCAAAUGCCCGGCAGCAUCAGUACCAGCAAUCAGUAAUGGAUUGUUACCCUAACAGCAGCAUGGGCCCCUCUGAACUUCGUGGGUACGGUGGAGUUGCAGCCUCAGCUGCUGGUGGCGAAGGGCACCGAGCCUAUAAUACUGAUCAAUAUGAGUCCUACAGAGAGCGGGCUCGAUUUCUUGGAGGUUCUCGUGAUCAUGGGUUUGAGCCUAGAGGUCCAUAUCCAGGAGGCCGAGUUUAUGAUACCGGCUCGCGCUAUUACUAA